AUGGACACAGCCAAUUCUGACAUAAAUGGAACGAAUUUCGCAGCUAUCGAUGGUAAGCUUCCUGCCCCUGCAGGAAUCUACAGACACGAACCCAAGACCAUUAUGUCCUACACAAGCGAGAAGCCAGAAAAAUUCACCGAGCACACCCGACUCGAAAUCAAAACCAGAUCUAACGAUCAAUGUCUCGCAUGCUACUCUUCCCCAGUAGACGCCGUCCCCGUCAUCUCCAAACAUGAUCCGUCCGUCUCUGUUCCAAGGGUCGGGAGUGAUGAGGACAGUGGUGCCGAUGGUUAUACAGGAGAGCAUCGCCAGUGGAUAAUGUUAGGGCCUGAGUACACUACAGCGGAUACAACCGAGAGGUAUAGCCCCGGUGAUUGAAGCCUCACCGGACGUACAGGAAGGAUCAAGUAAGCGCCCAAGGACU